AUCAAAACAGUAUCUUUGUAAUAUUUGUAAAUAUUUGUAAUUCUUGCUUUAAUUCUUAUUCUUCACUUAAUUACUGUUACUUAAAAUAUACUCAUGUUACUCAGAAGCUUUUGGUAAUAUGGACGGAAUUUCCUCACCUCCGCCCAAAUGUGUCUCAACGAUUCACUUAUCCUCUGAUCUUUGGCGACACUUUGACCGUGGACUUCAUCUUUGGCUUGUCAAAUACUAUUACAAACCAAUUCUUUCCCUUGGUAGUAAUAUUUUGGUCAAAAUUUUCGCAAUGUCCAUUUGCUUUUCAAUAGUCGCCGUUUGGCAUGCACUUAGUGGCGAUGUAAUUGUUUGGUGUAUGCUCAAUUUCUGUGCUGUUGCAAUCGAAUUAACUGGAAUUAACGUUCGACGAUUAUUUUUCAAUAAUUUUGAAACACAAUUAUCAACCAAAGCAAUUAAAAGAUGGAAAUCACUGAUUGCUGCUCCAUUUUAUAUCAUAAUGAUAAUUACAAACACUUUUUUCUUGGCCAACACUCAAAUUGGACUUCACUUAUUUAAGAAAGUUUUAUUCUCAUUCCCAUAUCCAGCUCUUCCCGUUUUAAUAAUCGCAUACACAGCCUGUCAUGUGUCUAUCGAAUUGAAAGAAUUUUAAUUUAAAUCAAAAGAGAAAAGAAAACAAAGGCCAAUACAAAUCAUCAACAAUCAACAAAUCUCAUAAACGAAAAUCAAAACUUUCACUUCCUUGUAAACAAAAAAAUCUCUCGCUAUUAUUAUUGUUAACUAAUGUCAACUAUUCAUUCAUAUUUAACUUUUCAAAAUCUAUUCACCCUAAUCAUUGGUAAUAUUUGUCAUAAUUAUCAACAUUCUAUCUCAGUGACAAUUAAUUCAUUAGCAAUAAACUGAUUAACUGAUAAACAAAA